AUGACAUCCAUAUCACGAAACAGUGAAAUUCACUUUUAUAAAGACGGCGAUAUUGAAUUAUUAGUCGAAAAAAUAAUAUUUCGAGUUCACAAAAAUAUUUUAACUCUUUCUUCUCAAUUCUUUAAUGGAAUGUAUCAAUCUGCUACUCCUUCCAUUGAAGAUCUAACCGCCAUCUCUAAUACCGGUGUUUCGAUCCCUCGAGUCGAAUUACGGGGUGACGCUGCACCCGAUGUUGAAAAAUUAUUAUCAUUUCUUUAUCCAAACACCUAUUUCGAAAUUAGUUGGAGAGAUGUAGCAAAUUUAUUAAGAUUGGCUGAUAAAUAUAUCGUGGAAACUCUUACAACUGCUUGUGUUGCAUUUCUGAAGCGUUCGUAUCAAGAAGAACCGUUACAAGCUUUAAAAUUGGCUGAAACAUAUCAAAUUUCUUCUGUUUAUAAAGAAUCUUCAAAAUUGGUAUUGGACGAUUUCGAAAAAUUUUUUUAUGAACCUCGAAACUUGGAAGGUUUAUCUAGAUCAACUCAAAAGAAAUUAAAAGUUCAAAGACAACAAUACGUUGAAGGGUUGAAUAAAUUGUAUUGUGUAACCGUCGACAGAAGGUUCCCACCCUUGACCGCAGAACAUCUUAGAACAAAAUUUGAAGAAUGUAUUAAGGAUAUUUGUACAUUCCCAUUUCAUUCACCUUCAUAUGCUUGGAUGAAAUUGCAUCAAGUGGAUUGUUCAAAACACUUUGAGUGCAGAGAAGAAUUAAGACGAUUGAAACCAUUUAUUCAUGAGAAGAUUGCUUCAUUUUUCGGAGGGGAGUAUGAAACUUUAGCGUGGACAAUUAAGGCGCCAAAUUUCACUGACCUGUCAUAUCCGUUUAUUGAAUUAAGGGACGACUAA